AUGACGACCAAGGCCGGGAACGGGCCGGUCAUCGUCACGGGCUCCAUCUCGGGACUGACCCCGGGCGAGCACGGCUUCCACGUCCACCAGUUCGGAGACAACACCCAAGGCUGUACCAGUGCAGGUCCUCACUUUAACCCUCUGUCCAAGAACCACGGCGGGCCGAAGGACGAGGAGAGGCAUGUCGGGGAUCUGGGCAAUGUGAAGGCGGAAGCGGACGGUGUGGCCAAGGUGUUCAUCGAAGACUCCAUGAUCAAGCUCUCGGGAGAACAUUCCAUCAUCGGCCGCACAAUGGUGGUCCACGAGAAGCAAGAUGACCUGGGCAGAGGGAACAAUGAGGAGAGCAAGAAGACGGGCAACGCAGGGAGCCGCCUGGCCUGCGGGGUGAUCGGGAUCGCCCAGUGA